GAUUGGUGCAGAACUUAGUGGAAAAUUUGAAAUUACUUGGGUGAGCUACAACACCGCAAAGUCAUGAUCUGGUUCACUGCAGCGGCCAUCGUUGCCUUCGCCGUGUGCGCGCGAGGCGAUGCCCCUGGCUCGUGCCUGGGCGAGUAUCAACAUUGCAGCGACAAGGGCGACUGCGUGCUGGACUCGAGCCUGUGCGGAACCUGCUCGCAAGGGCAGUAUUUGUGUCCCGACACGAAGACGUGCGUGAACGACGUCGAAUCGUACACCACGUGUCCUGGCCUGAAGGGAGGCUUCUUCGACUGGGCGCUGAGUCUGGACGAGAGGGUAUCAGCGCUGGACAAGCAGGCGACUCUCGAGGAGAAAAUCGCUCAGCUGACAAACGAUGCACCGGCAAUCGUUCGACUGGGAAUCCCAUCAUAUAACUGGCUGAAUGAUGACGAGCACGGAGUACACGAGGCGCACGCCACCUCGUUCCCGAACGGCUGCGCCUUGGGAGCCAUGUGGGACAAGCAGACCAUGCUGAAGGUGGGAGCGGCCGUCGGACUGGAGGCUAGGGUGGGACACAAUGGAUAUGUGCACACAGGCGACCGUGGUCAUGGUGAAAAUGGCGCUGGCAUCACACUGUAUGCGCCCAACAUGAACCUUGUCAGAGAUCCGAGAUGGGGACGUGCGCAAGAGGUGUAUUCCGAGGACCCGGUUCUCAGCGCCUUCCUGACCUACAUGUUUGUGCACGGAGCACAGGUCGGUAACGAGACUUCUCCCAAGUACAUGCAGUCCGCAGCAUGCUGCAAGCAUUAUGCCGCCUACGACGUUGAAACGAUUCCAACGGAUCGCUACGAGUUCUCCGCAACAGUGGAUUCCCGCAACAUGUGGGAGACGUACAUGCCCGUGUUCCUGGCCUGCGUCAAGUACGCCCAGGGAGCACACGUGAUGUGCAGCUACAACGCCAUCAACGGCAUACCGACCUGUGCCAACCCCGACCUGCUCAACGGCAUCCUGCGCAAGCAGUGGGACUGGCCGGGCUUCGUCGUCAGCGACUACGACGCAUGGCAGCAGAUCUACACGUCCCAUCACUACUGUCCAAACAUCACGUGUGCCGCGGCGGCAGGACUCAAUGCCGGAAUGGACCAGGAAGGCGGUGGUACUUCGGCCAUCAACCACCUGAAGGACGCCAUCGGGAACAAGACCACAACAGAGGAGGCCGUCUCCACCGCCUUCAAGCGUCUCUUUCGCGUCCGACUGCAGCUGGGGAUGCACGAUCCGCCGAAAAUGGUCGAAUGGAACAUGCUCACCAAUGACUCCAUUGUCGAGGGACCCGCCGACAUUUCCCUCGCUCGUCAGGCGGCCCACAAGGGAAUGACCCUGUACAAGAACAAGAACAACGUCCUGCCCCUUUCCAAGAACAUCAAGAAGCUGGCGUUGAUCGGUCCCAGUGCGACGGACGGUAAUGUGCUGCUGGGAAACUACGCUGUGCCUCCCGAUCACGGCAUACCAACUAUCCAGGACGGUAUCUACCAGUCCCUCGGUAUAGACCCGGUUACGUUCAAAGGCAACUGCAGUGCGUUCGAGCAGGACAUUGACUACUUCAUUCCCGGCGAGCCGGGAACCGACUCACCAAACCCACAGAACUGCUGCAACCAGUGCGCCAUUGACAUUGCGUGCAACUACUUCACCUGGUCCGAGAACGAGUGCUUCAAAAAGAAGACGAACAAGGGCCGCCAGAGCAGCAAGGGGCGCGUGUCGGCUAAGUGCCUCAGCCACGCGCGCGUGUCCGUAUCGACCUCGCUCGGCUGCUUCGACACCGCCUGCUCUGACAACACGCAGUUCGACUUUGCGGUGCAGGCAGCCAACAACUCCGACGCCAUCGUCGUCGUCCUGGGUCUGAGCGGCAAGGAAGAGGGAGAGGGACACGACCGCAACCUGAUCGAGCUCCCCGGCAACCAGCCGGGCCUGGUGUCGCAGCUCAGAGUGGCCUACGAGAAAACACCCAUCAUUGUCGUUCUCGUUCACGGCGGCACGCUUGCGCUGGGCUCCGUGCUGGACGAUGCAGAUGCAAUCCUCGAUGCCUGGUAUCCUGGAAUGGAGGGUGGCUUAGCAGUUGGAGAUGUCCUGUUUGGCGACUUUAACCCGGCCGGCCGUGCAUCCGUUACGUCAUACUUGAGCACUGAAUCACUUCCAGAGCAAGGCAACACUAACCUCUACCCAUCUGGCGAGUCACCAGGCAUCACAUAUCGAUACUACACAGAGAAAGUCCAGUUCCCGUUUGGCUUCGGGUUGUCGUACACGACGUUCAAGUACAGUGACUUGAAACUGUCAUCGCAAUCUGUCAAGGCAUGUGAUACGGUAACCGUGACAGUGACUGUGACAAACACAGGUGACAAGGAUGGUGAUGAAGUGGUUCAAGUCUAUCUCAAGCAUGUCAAGGCAUCUGUGCCAGUGCCGAAGGUGCGGCUGGCGGACUUUGCCAGAGUGACCAUCGCCAAGGGCCAGAGCACUCGACUGGAGCUGAUGAUCCUGCCGCGAACGCACUGCGUGGUUCCGGAUAACAGCGAUAUCUACACGGAUAGGAGUACGGUGGAGAGCGGCGAGAUCAGUGUCUACGUCGGCGGAGGCCAGCCGGACUUCUACACUGGCGGCCUGUCGUCUUCGUUCCACGUGACCACGUCCGCGCUGGCGGCCACAUGCCCAGAUCCAGAAUUGCUCUAGCGAUCCGCCUUGCUCUGCAUGCCUCCUGUGUAUUAUUGUAAAGUCCUGCUCAAUGAAAUCCAACCAGUUCACUCCGGUUUGCACCUACCAAUUCGCGGGCCACUUUCCGCAGGUCUAGGGCUGCGCAACGCCCGGCGCGCACUUGAGUGACGCGACUGGAUUUCACUGAGUAGUACUGUGCAUGUGGGGAGCAUUUGUUCCACAUUGCUAUGUCAGAGUUAGCGCAGCUACCUGCCCCGAUCCAGAAUUACUUUAGUGAUCUGCUUUAGUGAUCUGCAUUUUUGACUUUCUAUGUUCUAACAACAUUGAGAUGCCUUUUGUAGGCUUUUCUGCCUGGAUUUCAUCGACUGAAAACACGUGUAUCUUGGAAAGUAAUAAUGAUAAUAGUUACAGUUCGCAUGUCA